AUGAUGUACGGAUCGGAGACUUGGGCAGCACCAUCUACAGUGGUGAAGAGGCUUGAUUGCACGGAACGAAGGCUGCUUAGGCUACUUGGCUACUUUUGGCCUAGGGUAUACCACAAUGAAGAUCUUUACGCAGAAAUUGAUGUGGUAUACCGGCGGAUGACACGUGGAAGAUAUGAACAUCUUGCACCGCCAUCGAAAGUGGCUGAAGUAAAUCGUCUUCGUUUCUUUGGUCAUAUAUUAAAGAGACUGGCAGAUCGCCUUGUUAAACGAAGGAGGAGUUUGUCGUGUUCGAGGUAA